GAAGUGUCCGCUCGUUUAAUGGCGCCUUCUCGGAGCAAGAAGGGGAGGAAGAGAACGCUGGUUGAGGAAAUGGAUCCACCUCGAAGUACUCGGCCGAAGCGCCAAGCGGCAAUGAAGUCUUACAACAGUCGUGCUCCUGUGGUGAUGUUGACCAGACUGCCUGAUAGUGAGGUUGAUCCUCUGCGCCAACCAACACCUCAGCAGUAUAAUAGUGAAGUCGACUCCCCGAGCAGCUCAGACAAUGACAUGCCGUGGGAACCAGAAAAUAACUCCAGCGAUUCAGAUUUCUUGCCUGAAAACGAUAAACUGAAAGCCGCCAAAUGCCCAAAGAUUGAAAAAACCAUGACGGUAGCGACAAAAAAACCAUCGGCUGCUGUUUGCCCAAACGCCAACAAAACGGCUUCGGCAGCAGCAGCAAAAGCGACGGCUGCUGUUUGUCCAAAGAUGAGCAAAAAGACAGAGUCGACGACGAAGACCGCUUCGACAACAGCAACAACCACACCGGCGGCCUCAUUACCAUCAACAACUAACAGCAACAGCAAACCAACGGCAGCAAAUUCCCCCAUUAUCAUAUCAUCAGUGUUUUCCCAUGGUUCUCAAGAAACUACAAAUGUCCGGCCAAAGUUGCCAGAGGUGGAGUUGAAAUUGGACAUGGUGGUGUUGGCCCGGAGGAGACCAAUGAAAUGGCAUCAGGGGAAAAUCAUAGAAAUUGUUGAGAAGGAAGGUGGUCGGUUAAAAUACAAAGUGAGUUUUGGUGAAAUGGGGAGGAGCCUGGUGUCGGCUCACCACCUGGCGUUGUCCACGACACCAAAGCUGGAGCAGCUGUACGUCGGCGCCCGUGUGGUGAUUCAGUCGCAAGAUGAUAAGACCCAAUUCCACCCGGGCGUUUUGGCUGAGCUCCCCGGCAGAAAGAACCGCCUGAGGUUCCUGGUUUUUCUGGAUGAUCAUACUCCAAUGUACGUUGGCUUACAACUACUUCACUUGAUCUGCAAACCAUUGGAAAAUACCCUCGAUGACCUUCCAGACGGCCGACACAAAAUAUUCCUAACACAGUACCUGAAGAACUGGCCGUAUCCUCAUUUAACCCAGUACAAGAUUGGACAAUGCAUUAAUGUAGAACUGGAAGGAACGCUGCAGAAGUGCAAGGUAGAGACGGUCGACUGCAGCUUGAUGGAGGUGGUUUUUCAGGAGAGUCAACAGAAAGAUUGGAUCUACAGAGGCUCCAUGAGGCUUGAACACAUGGCCAAGUUUUUAGCACUGAGAGAGAAACAACAAAACAACGAAAAGUCAAGCCAAUGAUGGACGGACGGAAGGGCAGGAGUAAAUUGUUUGAUACCUCUGGAGAAUGUGGACAUCUGCUGUUUUUAUUUUUAUCGGCAAACUGAUGCAUCCUUGGGAUUACGUGUGGGCUUCCUGAAAUGCAUGUGUGGCUGAUUGAUGACAUUAAAUUGUCCGUGAAACUGAGUGCGUGCUUGUCUGUCUGGGCCGCUGCCUUGCAGCCUGUCCUCGCUCACUCCGUACCUCAGAUUGGCUCCAGCGCCCCACCACCCCGAGUUAGAUACUAGUAACAUAGGAGGUAGAUUUUUUUUUUUUUUUUUUUUUUGUUAAGAUACAAGUAAGAUUGCUUUUUAAAACGAUUGCCUCAAUGAGUUCUGCCCAGUUUUGCAAACCCCCCACCACCCACCACCACCACCACCACCAGGUUAUUUAUACAUCUGUGCAGAUAUAGUAAUUGGGUCCAUCUUUGCAUUUUCCGACAGUGUUUUUAAGUACUGAGUAACUAAUGACAAAUAAUUCCCAGAAAAACAUUUGUAAAUUGUUGGAUUUUAUCGUGUGAUUCUUUUCAACACGGCUGUUUAUCAUUUUGGUAUUUAUUGCCUUUUUUCCUCUUCUUUUUUUUUUUUAAAAUUGUUGUUGUUCAGGUUAACAGUCAAAGAUGUUCUUCCUUCAAUUAUUUUCAUAUAUUGCUUACGUUUCACCAGUUUGUAUUCACUGUCUUUUGCAUGUGUAACUUGCAUAACUUCCAGACAUGUAUUUUCAGAUUGUUCUUUUUUUUUCUUUUUCUUCUUCUAGGCUUUAUGAAGCUUCGAGAGCCAAUGUUAGUUUUACAGUUAAUGGUAGAAUCAUUAUCUUUUUCAGGACAUUUUAUGGAGGCCUUAUAUGAAUUUGCUAAAAAUAAAUGUGGUACUGAGUUUAUUUUA